UAAGAUUUUAUUUAAGACGGAUUAUCUUUAAUCAGGUUCUCGUACUUAUUCUCAUAGAAUCGUACACAAUUAUAUAGUUAAAAAAUGAAGUAAUAUUUUGAAAAUUAAUAGAAAUUCCUCGUUUAAAAAUAUUCGUGGCCCUAAAAAGGGCCGAUUGUUAUAAAGGGUAAUAAUAGAAAAUAGAAAUUAAUUAAGCACGUUCCCCACGAAUACGUCUCGCCAGCUGGAUAUCCUUAGGCAUGAUGGUAACGCGCUUGGCAUGAAUGGCGCAGAGGUUGGUGUCCUCGAAGAGACCGACAAGGUAGGCCUCGCUAGCCUCCUGCAGGGCCAUCACGGCUGAACUUUGGAAUCGCAGGUCGGUCUUGAAGUCCUGAGCGAUUUCGCGCACAAGGCGCUGGAAGGGCAGUUUGCGGAUCAGGAGCUCCGUGCUCUUCUGGUAGCGACGGAUCUCGCGAAGAGCCACGGUGCCAGGCCUGUAGCGAUGGGGCUUCUUCACUCCGCCGGUCGCAGGGGCGCUCUUGCGAGCGGCCUUGGUGGCGAGCUGUUUGCGAGGAGCCUUUCCUCCAGUAGACUUGCGAGCGGUCUGCUUGGUACGCGCCAUCGCAGUGCAGAGAUUCGUAACGUUUGACUGACGAGACGAAAAUGAUACUAGGCGUACGCGUGCGGCUAUAUUUAUGCCCUCUCGAGACGCAGCUGUUCUAAAGAGCAGUAGAAGGGGAAGCUCUGUGUAGCUAGAUGCUUGGAAGGGGAACUUCAGCUGCUGGUCUAUAAAUAGGGCCCCGGCCUCCCAAAAAUGCCAUCAGAUCGUCGUGUUUCGUAGCUCUGUGAACGACUCUCCUGCACUAAAACAAGAUGACUGGACGUGGAAAGGGAGGUAAAGGCCUGGGAAAAGGAGGAGCCAAGCGUCAUCGCAAAGUAUUGCGUGACAACAUCCAGGGCAUCACCAAGCCCGCCAUCCGCCGUCUGGCCAGACGUGGUGGUGUUAAGCGUAUCUCCGGACUCAUCUACGAGGAAACCCGCGGAGUCCUCAAGGUCUUCCUUGAGAACGUGAUCCGUGACGCUGUCACUUACACCGAGCACGCCAAGAGGAAGACAGUCACCGCCAUGGAUGUUGUCUACGCUCUGAAGAGACAAGGCCGAACCCUCUACGGAUUUGGCGGUUAAAUCAUUGACCAUUUUUUCAUAACUCAAACCAAUCGGCCCUUUUCAGGGCCAA